CCUCUUUCCACUCCGCGGUCUUAUUCUGUCGCUGCGGUCAGAUCACCAACGCCACGGCGCCCAAAUCCAUUUAUCUGGGGGUCCAACAUCCAACUGAUCAGGAUGUCGGUGAUGGGAAGUCGGUUUCUGUUCUUUCAGAGUUCCCUCAUCUUAUUUCUGUCUGCUCUGCUUCCUUUUAACUUUAACCCCUUGCUGGCUUACUCGCUGAAAAACUGCACCGUGGAUUAUUCUAACAACGUGACUUGGGUCGGAUGCAUGGAUCGUGGCCUCGCAGCCGUUCCAGAUGACAUUCCCAAAAGUGCAGUAUCUCUGAAUCUCAACUCCAAUUGCAUUGCAAAGAUAAACACGACAGAUUUGAGCGGUUUAUCAAAGCUCAGAUAUUUACAAAUGGAAAAUAACUGGAUUUCCCAGAUUGACGAUGGAGCUUUUUCAGAUUUGGAGUUUGAGUUAUUAGAGCUUGACUUGGGUGCAAACUACCUCCAAAACCUAACGGACCACAUGUUUCAGGGACUGUGGGCAUUGAUUACUUUGUCUGUGGAGAAAAACAAUAUCACAUACAUCUCCCCGCUGGCCUUUAAGUCUCUAAUCAGCUUACGGACAUUAGUGCUAAGAUAUAACCGCCUGCAUCAAAUGGCCGACAUCGCGCCGAUCUUACAACUACCAAACAUAAGUGAACUAAUCCUUGAUUUUAACGACUUUGUGUCCUUUCAGUCAGACGAUUUGCCUUUGACUUUUAAUAAAUCAAACCUUAAGACGCUGUGGAUGAUUGGCAAUCAACUGACAAAGUUCAGUAUUAAAAGAAACGCGUUUCCAAAUCUUCAGACGAUCCAUUUAACCGCCGCUACCGGCUUCGAGUGGCACGUACCGGACCCGAUGUUUCUGCGGAGCCUAACUUUUUUGGAAUUGUAUGUAUUCAAUGUUAGCCGUGAGAUGUACAGAGCGAUGUUGAAGAGUGCGGAGUCAGUGCAGGAACUGUCUCUGAGCUUUAUGGAGACUGAGCGAAAUAAAGAUCUGGUGGACAUUGCUUGCCAAGUUCCUGCUUUAAAAAGUCUUCACUUGAGCGGAGAUGUCUUUGUCAGCAUUAAUGAAACAUUUCUGCAGUCUUGCUCUCGUGUUAUUUGGCUGGAUUUAUCAUAUAAUUAUCUAGAAGAGCUGUGCGAGUUUUCUCUCGGAUCGAUGAAACAGCUCAGACGUCUGGAUUUGCAAAAGAACUCGCUGCCUCGAGUGCCUCUGGGCGUCAGGGGCGUCUUAACGCUCGAAAUCCUGGAUCUGAGUUUGAAUGUCAUCAGUGAACUAGGCUGCUCUGACUUCCUAAAUCUGACACGAUUAGUGAAUCUAAAUCUCAACGGCAAUCGCAUUUCAACAGUCAAGGGGUGCGUUUUUCAAGGUUUGAAUGAUUUGAAAGUGCUAAACAUCGGCGAAAAUGAAGUUCACGUACUAUUCGAUUUCUUCAAAGUGAAUUUACAGAAACUAGAAGUUUUAGAUUUGAACAGGAAUAAGUUGCAGCAGCUCAAAACAGGCGACUUUAGAGACCUAACUUCCCUCAGGUCUUUGAAUUUAGAGUCAAAUGCAUUUUAUGUUGCACAUGAGGGGGCGUUUGAAGGACUGGACAAUCUUCAAACCCUUAGUGUUACACCCUUUUGUUACGAAAUGUCUUACAUGUCAAGGAUUUUUACAGGAAUGGAGCACCUACAAAAUCUCCAACUGCAUCUCACGUCUUCGUUUGAAAGCACAAGUUCUCAUGAAAGCAACGAGACACAUUUUCACGUUGUUCAGUUACCUUUCUUGAAGAGUUUUGUGAUACAAAAUAAUGAUUGGCGUUAUGAAAUCUCACCUGAUUUUCUAAGGGGUCUGAAGUCGUUGGAGUACUUUGCAGCAGAUAGAUUCUUCACAGCGUCGCCUCACCCAGACACAUUUACUUACACUCCCCACCUAACGAGUCUUCAGAUAACUCAAAGUGAUGUGCAAGUCUUCAACCCCCAAGUGUUUCAGCCAAUCCUGAACUUGCAAGCUCUCAAUCUUUCCAGAAACAAACUCCGAUCUUUGGAUUUUCUGUCCCAGGUCAAUCUGUCUUUACUCAGCUGGUUGACACUGAGAGAGAACCAGUUAACCGUGAUCGAUGAGACGGUCUUCCAGUCUCUCCCUGCACUAACAUACCUCGAUCUGUUUGGUAACCCUUUCACUUGUAAUUGCUCUAACGCUGGCUUUAUCCAAUGGGUGAAGAACAACAACCAAACUCAGGUUGUUAACGCCUACCAGUACACCUGUUCAUUCCCUUUGGCUGAACAAGGAAACAAGCUUCUGGACAUUGACAUCCAGUCCUGUUGGAUGGACAUUAGCUUCCUCUGCUUCAUUUCCAGCACUUGUGUGGUUGUUCUUACACUCCUCGCAUCCUUCAUCUACCACUUUCUGAGAUGGCAGCUAGCCUACGCCUACCACCUCUUCUGGGCCUUCCUAUAUGACAGCAGGAAGAGGAAGGCGGGAGCUCAUCCUCGCUACGAUGCCUUCAUCUCCUACAAUGUUGACGACGAGGCCUGGGUUUACCAAGAGAUGCUUCCGGCGCUGGAAGGAGAGCAGGGCUGGAGACUCUGUCUGCACCACAGAGACUUCCAACCAGGUAAACCCAUCGUAGACAACAUUACGGACGCCAUCUACGGCAGCAGGAAGACCAUCUGUGUGAUCAGCCAGCGCUACCUGCAGAGCGAGUGGUGCUCCAGAGAGAUCCAGCUGGCCAGCUUCCGUCUGUUCGACGAGCAGAAGGACGUGUUGGUCCUGCUGUUUCUGGAGGAGAUCCCGGCCCACCAGCUGUCUCCGUACUACCGCGUGAGGAAGCUGGUGAAGAGACGCACCUACCUGAGCUGGCCCCAGGCCGGCCAACACACGGGCGUCUUCUGGCAGAACGUAGGGAGAGCUCUGGAGACGGGGGACGCUCCCACCGAGACCGUUAACCUGCUCACUCCCAGACUGGCUCCAGAGUACAGAGACUAAAGUCACUGGACCGGCAGGACUCGGAGAAUAUCAACCCUGAAUGAUUUAUAGACAGUUUCUACCUACGUUAUGGAACUUAUCAGAAACAUCCCGAAAAAAGAGUUUUUGUCUCCUUUUUCGAGUCAAA